AUGGACCAACGGGACUUUAGUAGGUGUGUACCACCACACAACCCUCCCAGUACCCCCAACCCAUUGUCCCAAGCGGCUUUAGCCUCGGAUCUAAAAUCGCGGAACAUUGCUGACCCCGUCAACCCUCUCUGCACCAACAGUAUUAUCCACUCACCAUCAUUCACAUUCCUCGUCGGGCCCAAACACACCAAAUUAACCAUCCAGUCCGGUCUCGCCCAACAUGUCUCCAAACCACUGCACAACCUCAUGAACAAUGGACACACACGGGAAUCCAGACACCGCAUCGCAGUACUAGAGGAUGAAGAUGUCGAAACCUUCGUCGCAUUCUGCGAGUAUGCGUAUACCGGCGAUUAUAAGGUGCCUCGGUUACCGGUGCCAGCACCACUGCUAACACCCGUACCCGCACCAGAGUCAUCACCCCGAGAGGAUACCCGGACGAGAGCGGUAGAGUGUGUGACCAGUCCAGGACUUUCUUGGAGAGGGACGUAUCGUUCGGAUUCGGUUUCGUCGGCGGUACCCCCGCCAGCCCCGUCGCCGCCGCCGGAGAGUGAGACUGAUGCUCAGACUGUGAAGGCUGAGGGGGAGGUAGCGUCGGUGGUUGAGGAGGAUGUGUCUGCUGAAGCGGAGGCUGAGGUAGAGACUGAAGCUGAAGCUAGUCCUGAGACAGAAGCAGUUGCAGAAGAAGCGGCAGAGCCCGAGGCACAGGAGACACCUACCGAUGAAGCUCAACCGCCACAAGAGACAGAUGAGACCAUCGAGCCCACCGAGCCAGUUGAGGAACCUAGCAUAGCAGACUGGGCCCAAUAUCGGGUUUACGAGGAUGCACUUGCAGACACUGGAGCGCAGACAACCACUGAACCCGCUGAACGGGCCAACUCGCCAACCUGGGAAGGAUCAUCAGCAUGUCUGGGGAUGAGUAGGAGGAAAAGAAUUGCGCUGAAAAAGAAGAUGAGGAAAGAGAGGAUGCAAACCGUGCCGCUGGAAGAGGAACCCCCAGCAAGCUUGACGCCGCCAUCGACGCCGCCUCGUCAGGCCUCUGACGUUGUCCAGACGCAAGACGAGCCCGCACCAGAUCCCGAGCCUGUACCGAUAGAAGCGGAAGACAUUGAGCCCGAGCCAGUUGCAAACGAAGACGAUGCGCCAGCAGAACUAGAAGAAGCAGAGGCAGAGGCAGAAAUAGAGGCACCAACGAAGGAACCACCAGCCUCGUUCCUACCCUCCCCAGCGCCCUCGCCCUCCGCAAUCCUCUACGAUGGCCCAGAAUGGGCUCAACCUGACUGUCCUCCCCAAGAAGAAAAUGCAAAUUCCAAAGGCGAAGAUGACACACCAGGCCCAAAAUCCUCAACCUCCUGGGACAAUUCCCCAACAGCCUCACAAACCAUCCAAGAACCCUCCUCCCCGAAACCAAUCAUCGACAUGUCCUUUGCAAAGCAACAAUCCGACUCGUCCCCAAGAACCCCCGGCCUCAGCCUCUGGGACGAAUUCGCCGCAUUACAAUACAACGAUGACACCGCAGUACCAUCAACCCCAAAGCCACCCACCAACUCAACGUCAACUUCAACGGAACUCCCCUACCUAACCUUCCACGCAAAAGUCUACGUCUUCGCAACACGAUACCUCAUCCCAGCCCUCGCCCAACUCUGUCUCCGGAAACUGCACACCGACCUCGUCCACCUUCCUCUUGGCGGUGGGAACAUCGAGGAAGGACAGACACAAUCACAAACACAGGACUACACAGAAGCCGACGCCGAUGCCGAUGCACAGGCACAUCCACCCACUAGACCGGGUCUACCCGGUGCAUCAGCAAUAGUCCUCGACGUGCUCCGCUACGCCUACACAAAGACCACACGUCUAGAACCAAUCAACCCUACCUCUGCGACACAGCUACGUGAGAACGAGCUGCGGAGACUGGUGGUGCAUUAUGCAGCUUGUCGGGUAAAGGAAUUGGCGCGGUGGCAUGGGGGUGGAAGUGGGAGUGCGACGCCUGCGGUUAGAGGGGUUGGUGUGGGUGUUGAUGGGAUGAAGCCGGAUAGUUUGCGGGCUUUGUUGGAUGGGACGCCUGAGUUGGCGAGUGAUCUUGUUUAUCGGAUGAUGUGA